UGAAUGACCGGAUUUUAUUGUAUUUAUUUAAUGGGACUACUAAAGGGCACUAAACAGUGGUUGCAGCACGGCGUGGUAGCUGGAAUUUCCUGGUAGCUGCUAAAGAGUGAGGUCUUGUCAAUAAAACGUCCACCGAAAGCUGCUAAAGAGUCACAAGCAAACCACAUCGAUCGAUCCAGCGCUAGACAGAGGGAGAGGAUGGCAGUCGACAGCAUGCACGUCGUGAUGUUCCCCUUCCUCGCCUUCGGCCACAUCAGCCCGUUCGUGCAGCUGGCGCGCAAGCUCGUCGCCGCCGGCGGGGUGCGUGUCACGCUGCUGUCGGCCGCGGCCAACGUGCCCCGCGUCGAGGCCAUGCUGGGGCCGGCGGCCGGCGCGGUGGCGGUGGCCCCGCUGCGCCUCCAGCGCGUGCCGGGGCUCCCCGAGGGCGCCGAGAGCACGGCCGAGGUCUCGGCGGACGGCGCCGAGCUGCUCAAGGUCGCCGUCGACGGCACCAGGCCGCAGGUGGCGGCCCUGCUCGCGGAGCUCCGUCCUGACGCCCUGCUGUUCGACUUCGCCACCCCGUGGGUCACCGAGCUCGCGGCGCCGCUCCGCAUCAAGGCGCUCCAGUUCUCGGUCUUCUCCGCCGUGUCCGGCGCCUACCUGAUGAACCCCGCCCGCCGCCUCGGCGCCGGCGGCCAGCUGCCAACCGCGGACGACCUCACGUCGCCGCCCGCAGGCUUCCCACCGUCGUCGAGCAUCACCACCGUGCCGGCCUACCAGGCCGCCGACUUCAGCUACGUGUUCACCAGCUUCCACGGCGAGCCGUGCGUGUACGACCGCGUCCUCGCCGGCGUCCAGGCCAGUGACGCCCUCGUCAUCAAGACGUGCUUCGAGAUGGAAGGCCCCUACAUCAACUACCUCACCGCCCAGCACGGCAAGCCGGUGCUCGUCACGGGCCCGGUCGUGCCGGAGCCGCCGCAGGGCGAGCUGGAGGAGCGGUGGGCCAGGUGGCUCUCCUCCUUCCCGGACAACGCCGUCGUGUUCGCCUCCUUCGGGAGCGAGACGUUCCUCCCGGCCGCCGCCGCGACGGAGCUC